GAGUUUGCGCCGUUUUAGAAGCAGUUGAAAUUCAUUCCUUUCAGGAAAACGUUCGAAAAAUGUGUAGAAAGCAUUUGUGGUUAAUUCUAUUAUGUAUGAUAUUCAUGUUUCAAGUGUGCUCAACUAACGAUGCAUCCUGUUCAAGAAUAGAUUUUGAUUCAGCAACACUUUCGACCUUAUCAAGAUGUAGCUUUAUUCAAGAGUUUGUAGUAAAAUCAUACGCACCAUCGUUCAAAUUUAGGCCACAUAGGCCAAACGCAGAACACUAUCUUUCAACGCAAUGGGAAGGUCUAAGUUGUGGGGAAACUGUACAAACAUUUAGUUUAAACAGUCAAAGUGAGUUGAGAAUGGUGUAUAGUUUGAUGCUAAACACUGGUGCUACACUAGAAGUCCGAGUGCUUGAUUUGGAUAAGCUGGACAACAAUUUGAACCCGAUUGUUGUUAUUCGAUGGAAAACCGAACACGGAACUUCAAAUUGGGGACUUUUCAGAGAGCGAAUGGACAAUCCUGUUCGGCGUGCCAAGAUACAAAUUGAAGCCAACAUGAAUACGGGCAGUGAUUUAGCAAUUGAAUACUUUACAAUUUUCAGCUAUGAAGUGGAAACCAAAGAAUGUCAAGCAAUUGAUGAAUUUGCUCCAGUUACUACAACAGAUGUUGAACCAUUAACUUCAACCACUGAAGAGAAAUCCACUCCUUCAACUGUAGAAACAACAUCAUCUUUGGAAAUAGCAACACCCGAUGAAAGUAUUGAAACGUCUACUGACACGUCAAGCUCAAUGGAAACAGAAAUUACACCAGCGUCAACUAAAGCACCAUCACAAACAUUAAUUCAGGAUGAUAGCUCUCUGAAUUGGUUAUGGAUAUCUUUAGCAGCAUUUUUUUGUUCAUUGUUAAUAUUGGCAGCAGCUGGUUUGAUCUACAUUCAUGUGAUCAGUAAUCAUCUCGGAAGACACACAUUAUUUUAAACGAAGAAAAAUAGAUUACAAAGAGAGUUCUUCAUAUCAGGAAACAGAGCAGCAACGAACAAAAUAUUGAUUGUAUAUGUAAAAAAAUAUGGAUUUUUACACGACAUAAUUAAAAAUUCAAUGAGAAAUUUCAA